UUGUAUAGAAUACGGAGAGUGUGAAAAUGUCGGGUCGUGGCAAGGGGUUGGGCAAAGGAGAAGCGUAGAGGCACAGGAGUAGGACGGACAACAUACGAAGCCCACAGGGGAGGACGUUGUAUGGCUUCGGUGGCUGAGAAGGUUUUUGGUUAGGUUUUAUGAGAGUUGUAAAUCGGCUUAAUUUUUCCUACUGUAGUGGGUCUUAGGGUAUGUUCUAGUAUUCUCCGAUAGGGAUUCGUAUUGCAUAGUGAAAGCCCUUUACAGAUAAUAUAUAGGACAUGGAGCAAGAUUGUAGUAAUUCUAAUAUUGAAGAAGAGGAAGAAGAAGACGAAGAAGAAGAAGAAGAAGGGAGAAGAGGAAUGGAGACGAGAGAGGAGCGGGGGCCCAGCUCAGGAGGAGAAGCAGAGGAGGAAGAUGUUGGAAACCUCUCAAUCCCAAGGGGUGGACCCAUUUACGUUCCCAAUCUGGUGGGUCCCCUCUCGUCGGUUCCCAAGUUUGAGGCUUCUCUUCUCCAUCAACUUCAGAAUAAAAAUUGUUGGGACGUUGUGCAGAAUCUAGAAGCGGAAAUACGUAGUUCUGAUCCGUCUCAACAAUGUGAUGAAGAUAUUUCGGUCGAUGAGCUUAAAAUUUUGAGUGAAGAAGAAUUAGUGGAUAUGGCUAUGAAGGAAGCGUUUCAGCAGGACAAAGAGGACUAUGAAAGUCCUCUGCAACCUCCAGAAGAGCCCUCUUCCGCUGCAGAGAAAAAAGAUGAUUGCAGGAGAUCAAGCAAUCCUUCAGUAACCGAAUGCGCUCAAGGUAACAACUCAACGAAGAGAAAGAAAGACAACAACUCAAGAAAGGGAAAGAAAACAAAGGCAAACAAUCAUGCCGUUGAGAGUAGUUAUACUGCAAAGGUGGAGCAAUUUGUGAAAGUCAAACAAAAGCAGGAUGAAGACAAAGCAGCAGCAAGACUGCAUUCAUUCAAUUGCAAGAUCAAUGAAUGUUCCAUUACAUUAUCAGAAAGAACAGAAAGGAUGAAAUCUCUCCGGUUUACAAAUUCUGCAACGAAGGUGAAAUCAGCAAGCAUUGGGGAACACAUUGCUGUGCGGUAUCCAGAUGUUGUUCUUUCUGUCGAGGUUUACCAUAACUCACGGAAAUGGGUAAAGACUCAAGAAUUUUUGGUCCUAGGACGACAAAACUUGACUGAACUGAGGGAUAAGAUCUAUUGUUUAACCGACCAGGUGAUGCAAAAGGCUGGGCAGCAUGAUCCUUCUGGAUAUUUUCUUAUAGAAGAUGUAUUCUGUAAUGAUUUGAGGGAUCCCUCUGCUAUAGAUUAUAGUGAACCUAUAUUUGAUUGGCUCAGAAACUCCAGGAAUGACGCUCUUAAAAAAUGGGAAUGCAUCAUAACAGGGGAAUUACCACAGAAGCAGAAAGCAAUUAUAGGUGAUGAUGUUACCGGCUUACAAUUGCCUCAGUUCAAAGCUGCUGACAUGCACAGGAUACGGUUUUGUGACUUGGGAUUUCGACUUGGUGCUGGAUAUCUCUACUGUCACCAGGGAGACUGCAAGCAUACAAUCGUUAUAAGAGACAUGAGGUUAGUUCAUCCAGAGGACGUGCACAACCGAGCUGGUUAUCCAAUAGUUGUGUUUCAAUUAAAAUUUCGUGUGCAGAAAUGCGAUGUCUGUAAUAUAUAUAGAGCUGCAAAGGUGACGGUGGAUGACAAGUUAGCCCCGGAGAACCCGUGCUAUUUUUGUAGAGACUGUUAUUUUCUUCUGCACUAUGGUAAGGACGAGUCUCUGCUGUAUAGUGACUUCUCAGUAUACGAUUAUCAACAUGAUUGAUGCUGAUGUCUAUGUUAUACAACAUAAUUCUUGUAUUAUAAAUUGUAAUUAUGAUACAUGUGAAGUGGACCUUAUUUGUUGGAAUGGAGUUGGUAAAGCCCAAGUACUCGAGACA